GGCAUGUAAAUAUCAGCUGUCACUGGAGGGUAGCGGUAGGUAGUUCACUAUUAUGUGAUUGAGUUAUGUGGAGAAAUUUUAGAAAUAUUCACCCGUUAAAGGGUGUAUUAAAUAAAGGCAAAAGUUUGUCACUUCCAAUAUAUGGACGACAACAUUUGUCAACGCAGCUAACGGGGAAGCAGCUAAACCAAUUCAAGCUAGAAUAUAAAGCAGUCGUAGACUUGAUAUCCAAGUCUUUUGGAAUUACCCCCCAAGCUGUGCGUAAUUUAUAUCUUCGCCUUAAUUCUGGCCCUUCCCCUAAACCAGGAAAUGAAAAGAUAGCUGGUAAAGCGCCAGAAUCUAGCGGCAGCAGCAGCAGCAGUGGAAGCGGUGGUUCUGCAGAUAAUGGCCCCAAUGGCAACAAAAAUGAUAAUGAUGACAAGAUCAAAUCGGUGCUGACCAAGACCAUCAUGUGGAUGUUUACCAUCUAUAUGUUUGUGGCUUUUAUUUCGCUGAUUUUAUCACCACGCAGUGAUAGGCCAGAGGCCUCAACUCGUUAUGUUUCAUGGAAUGAGUUUGUUCACCACAUGCUAGCUGCCGGCGAAGUGAAGGAACUCAUCAUACGCCCUGAUUUGGAAAUGGUUACCAUAAUUCUGCAUGAUGGUGCCAUAAUAAAGGGAAGGAAGGUGUUAUCGACAAUUUUCCAUAUGUCUGUAGCCGAUGUUUCGAAAUUUGAAGAAAAAUUACGUGAUGUUGAAAAACGUUUAGGCAUUUCAGAUGGUGUUCCUGUCACAUAUGAUCGCCACAGUGAUAUUACAGGCCGCCUUUUGCUUCUGCUGAUCGUUGUGGGUUUACUAAUGGCUCUAUCAUCUCGCAUGAGGGGCAUGAAGAGUCCGCUUAGUAUGGACUCCUUUACUCAAAUGGGCCGUGCCAAAUUCACUUUGGUAGAUCCCUUUGAUGGAGGUCGAGGAGUACUCUUUAAAGAUGUUGCUGGACUGCAAGAAGCCAAACAAGAAGUUAAAGAAUUCGUGGACUACUUGAAAGAUCCUGACAAAUACCAAAGGCUUGGAGCCAAAGUACCCAAAGGUGCUUUGCUACUGGGACCUCCUGGCUGUGGCAAAACCCUUUUGGCCAAAGCAGUUGCCACUGAGGCCCAAGUACCCUUCUUAAGUAUGAAUGGUUCAGAGUUUAUUGAAAUGAUAGGAGGUUUGGGUGCAGCUCGUGUACGUGACCUCUUUAAGGAGGGCAAGAAGAGAUCACCUUGCAUUAUAUACAUAGAUGAAAUCGAUGCCAUUGGUAGACAGCGGUCGGGUAAUGAAGGUUUUAAUCAGGGUAGCUCUGGUGAGUCAGAACAGACUUUAAAUCAACUUUUGGUGGAAAUGGAUGGCAUGGCUUCUAAGGAAGGUGUGCUUAUGUUGGCCAGCACGAAUAGAGCUGAUGUUUUAGAUAAGGCUUUAUUACGCCCUGGUCGCUUUGAUCGUCAUAUUUUGAUUGAUCUACCCACCCUUGAGGAGAGAAAACAAAUUUUCGAAAAACAUUUAUCCUCGGUGCAACUAGAAGAAGAACCUUCAAAGUAUUCCCAGCGUCUAGCUCGUUUAACUCCUGGAUUCUCAGGAGCCGAUAUAGCCAAUGUUUGCAAUGAAGCCGCCUUGCAUGCGGCCAGAAAUUGCCAGGAUAAAGUAACAACACAAAAUCUAGAAUAUGCUGUAGAGCGUUUGGUAGGAGGUACCGAAAAACGUUCUCAUGCACUUUCUCCUGUAGAAAGAAAAGUCAUAGCCUAUCAUGAAUCUGGACAUGCUCUGGUAGGCUGGCUGCUACCCAAAAGUGAUGUUCUUUUAAAAGUCACCAUAGUGCCUCGUACAAGUUUGGCCUUAGGAUUUGCACAAUAUACACCCACAGAGAAGCAAUUGUAUUCCAAAGAAGAACUAUUGGAUAAAAUGUGUAUGGCCUUGGGUGGACGGGCAGCAGAAGAUUUAACUUUUGGUCGCAUAACUACGGGUGCUCAAAACGAUUUGGAGAAAGUAACAAAAAUGGCUUAUGCCCAGGUAAAGAAAUUUGGCAUGAAUGAUAAAGUGGGACCCAUGUAUAUUCAAGACCCUGAGGAAUCGGGGACUUAUUAUAAGCCAUACUCGAAAGGUCUGGAAAGUAUAAUUGAUAUGGAGGCCAGAAAUAUUAUUGCCAGUGCAUAUGAGAAAACUCAGAAGAUUUUGACGGAAAAUAGUGAUAAAUUGAAAAAGUUGGCCGAGGCUCUCUUGGAAAAAGAAACACUAAACUAUGAAGAAGUUGUCAACCUUAUUGGACCUCCGGCUUUCGAUGCCUCAAAACGUACUGUAGAGCCGGUGGAGUUUGAACAAACUUUGAAGGACCUCAGUCAAGAUACGAAAUAGAAGUUUUUGUUAAAUUUUAUUUUUCUAAGAAAACAAAUACAAAAAUGUUUUGAUCGCCAUUUAAA